AUGGCAUCAUCUACCGCCAAUAUGCAGCGGAAGACGUCUGCAGCCCGGGCACCCAAGCCACGACCCAAAACAGCGCAGAAGGGGGCUCGAAACACGACAGUACAAGCUCCUGGAGAACCACCACGAAAGAAGCUAAAAUAUGUUCCUGGGGGUCCUGGAGGAGGUGGACGGUAUAUCGAGGUGGAUGAUAUAGAUCCGCCACCGCGAGCAUCCUCGCAGAUGCGAAAUAAAACUAGCACUCCUAGGACUCGACCUGCUCGCGACUCCCACGCCUCUUCACGCCUUCACCCCGCAACUCCCUCUUCCUCGCGUUCAAGUCGACCGAGAACCCAGGCCCGGAGAUAUAGCUCUGCUGCAGCUGCAGUAUUGGCGGUAACCCAGAGUGAAGGAUACAUGCCUCGUGAGGAACGUGGGUGGGAGGAGUUUCACCCUGAUCUCGAUAUUGACGCCCAGAUUGCCGUGUUUAGCUCAAAAGAAGUAGACGGACUGGUGAACGACGAGAAUUCGUCCUCAAACGGAGCAAAUGGGAAUGGUUUUGGAGCUAAUGGAGAUGGUAGGAGUACGCCGAAUGGAUGUCGAGGACCAAGUCUGUCCCCGUCGAAACGUCGUCUUGAUAACCCGAAAAGGGCAGAUGACACACCGGAGCAAUCUAAAGGAAUAUUGCUGCCAACGUCGAAUCCGCGAGAAAAGCUUACGCUACCAAAGCCAUCCUGGGUCGUCAAAGAUCCGUUUCUACCGUUUGAGCAGAAGGGUGUUGGACAGCAAAAUUACGUGGACCGUACCAUGGCGAGCGUAGGCUACCAGGAAAGUGACAUUUUCGUUCGGCACGAGAGAAGGAUGAUCCGGCUAUCUGAAGGUGUAACAGAUGGUGAUCUUGAUCUAGAGCCGCCUCCGCCCACUGAGGGGGACGCUGGUCCACCUCUUCCAAACGCGGACGUGGGUAGGGUGGAGUACGACAUGGACGAGCAGGAUGCCAGAUGGCUCGAAGAAUAUAACACGCAGCGAAAACUUGAAGAAUUCGAACCGAUCAAACCUGCGAUAUUUGAAAUUACCAUGACUAAAAUAGAAAAGGAAUGGCAUGCUCUAGAACGACGGAUACCUAAACCUAACCCCAAACCACCCCAAACGCAACGACCGCGUUCCAGUUCUGCAGUUGCAGUGAACGGUGAGAAUCCUGGCUCAGGAGAGGAACAAGAUAGCAAAUGCGCUGUAUGUGACGACGGGGAUUGUGAGAACGCUAACGCCAUCGUCUUUUGUGAUGGCUGUGACUUGGCUGUCCACCAGGAGUGUUAUGGAGUGCCUUAUAUUCCCGAGGGCCAGUGGCUUUGCCGCAAAUGUCAGCUCAUUGGUCGAGGGUCUCCAUCUUGUAUCUUCUGCCCUAACACUGAAGGUGCGUUUAAGCAGACAAAUACUGCUAAAUGGUCACAUCUUCUCUGUGCGGUUUGGAUUCCAGAAGUCUCGAUAGGGAACCCGUCUUUAAUGGAGCCAGUGAUCGAAAUCGAAAAGGUGCCGAGAAGCCGUUGGAAACUUACUUGUUACAUCUGCCGCCAGAAAAUGGGAGCUUGCAUACAGUGCAGCAACAAGAACUGCUUUGUAGCUUUCCACCCGACUUGUGGAAGGCGAGCCCAUCUCUAUCUGAGGAUGAAACUGACACCAGGUGCCCCAGCAAUAAAGGACUCUAACGAACUCAAAGCCUAUUGUGAUAAGCAUGUUCCACCAGACUGGCAGGCAGAUCAUAAUACCUCUUCCGCCACCGCCCAAGCUCUGGAGUAUUACCGCACUGCCAUGCAAGGGAAAAAAUGGGGAGAUAGCCAAGCCGCAGCCCUUGCCAUGGGGCCGGAAACUCAAGAAGGCACGGACCCCAACGACUGUGAUACCAGACCUAUAACGCCUCGAUUAACGUUAACUGUUGGCGGUAACAAUAAGCGAAAGCGUGCCAAUCCAAAUCCAAGAACGAUCUGGAAAUUACCCUCUGGAGCGCCGGUUAUCCCACGAGUUGUGCUCGACAAUGUUGUCGCUUCUUUGGCCCGUUUCACAGUUCGUCAAAGAAAGCAAUAUGCCGAGGACGCGUGCAAGUAUUGGACUCUUAAACGAGAAGCUAGGCGAGGUGCUGCAUUGUUGAAGCGACUGCAACUUCAACUGGAAACAUUCUCAUCUAUGGAAAUGACCAGAAGGAAUUUCUCUGGAAUGGGACGUGCGGGAUCUGUACGCCUUGAGCGCCGGAUAGACUUUGCGGAAAGACUAUAUCACGACGUUGAUAAGGUUCGGAUGUUAUGUGGCGAGGUAAAGAAGCGUGAAAAGGAAAAACUCAAGGAUGCAGAAACCCUUCAAAGUAUUAUUGACAUAGUUUACUUCCCUAUACCUCCAAUGCUGUGGCCGGUAUUUGAGAAAGCCCAUGCAUUGGAUGGAAAGGGCGUAUUCUUUGUUGGCUUCCAGACAAUUCGGUCAAAGCUAGAAGAGCGGUACUAUACUUCUGUCUCUGAAUUUUCUCGUGACUUAGCACAGGUUUUCACUUCGGGGAUUGGAGUUGCCUCUGUUGGAGAUACGGCAGAGUUACAGAUGCAGAUCAGCGGUCGUGCUCCUGAGCUCAGCCACGAACAACGAGAGAAACGGAAACUUGCUAAGCGAAUAAUCAAAUCCGUUCAACCUCUGUUAGAGGAUGCUUUGAAGAAAGAAAGUGAGCUUAAUGGCAAGCCUUAUGAGAAUGAGCUCAAGGGCCUUGACCUUAUUCUUGAAAAUAGCGUUGGCUCUCGUAGAGGAUCUAUCAACACCUCCUCUGGAGAAGCAGUCAACGCUGCCUUACUUACUGACAUGGCAACGCAGCCGUUACCAAACGGAACUGAGAUUGAAAUGCAGGAGAGUGGCCUUAACCUGACUCCUGAAUCUAAAAGUGAGAUUACCGAGAAGGUGUCUGAGCAGGCCAACAACGAGAAGCCCGCUCCAGAGACGAAUGGCGACCUUGCAGGUGAUGAAGAUCAAGACGCAGAAAUGAUGGAUGCUCCAGAACUCCAGGAGAACAGCACUGAGGUGGUGACAUCACAUUCCAAAAAGCGAGAGUCAGAAAGUGGCCCUAACGAAGGUGAACCGCCCCAAUUGCCUGUGGAGAAGGCGGGAGAGCAAUCCACACCCGUUCUUCAACCCCAGAUUCCACGAGACGAAGCCACGCCUCCUACACCACCUGCCAGCUUCUCAGAAGGCCAGCAGCUUCUGCCCCUAGCCCAAGGUGGCAUCCAGUGGUACAUGCAACCUUUCGACCCCAUUGGUACCACCAUCCAUGAAGAACGCUGGACCGGUAGAGAGCUGGUUCGGGGCAUGAGUGAGGAACUUAGUGAUAUUGGAGAUGAGGAACUUCGUGACUUGGCUGGAGAUGAUGAUGGCGUCGAGGAUGCGCCAGCUGAGCCUACUGGACAAGAUAUUGCAUCUGCUACGGCCCCGGAAGAGGAACCCUCCAGGUCCAAGACGCAGAAGACGCGAAAGCGAUGGCGAGGAUUUAGAUAA